CUUUGAGAAGAGUGCAACAAAGAAAAAUUGACGAAAGCUAAAUUUUUGCUGACGGAAUUUCUGGAGGCUGUUGACGUUGUUUUUCCACAAUUUUCCUUUGUUGGUUAAUUUUUUCGGUGUCUAUUUUUUGUUGCAAUAUAUGUUUGCUAUUUCAGUGCCCUCGGAGAUAUAAUUGCGAAACGGCGAAUAGCCAAAGUAGUAUAGUUUUGGUCUCAGUUUGCUUAGCACAAAAGUUGUAAUGCUUUCACGAAGGGCAAACAUUCUACUUAUUUGUUCCCACAACAUCACCUCCAUGCACCAACACAUUUCUUCACAACAAACGUCAACCUACUGCGAUGUCUUUACGUGCAAUUAAGAAACGGGAGAACCAACUUAAUUCCUCAGCUGGCGUGCGCCAACCGCUCUUUAAAAAAGCCUCAACACAGCAUCAACAACGGAAAUCAUCGAUAACAAGUGGAUCUAACAGUGAUAAUAACUCGAAAGUGAAUACUGCCAUUUUUAAACAACCAGGCGGUUUACAUACACUAAGCAACCUGCAAAACCAAUACACGUUACUGGGGCGCGCUAUAUACUCCAGCCCGGAACUACGUCAUCCAUUAACCGUCGACGACGAUACGGUUGAAAGUCUCGCUCAUGUUGUACGCACCAAAUCUGAGGGCGAUUUGCAUGCGCUGCUGAAAAGCUGUACAGGUAACGCAGCUGAUACUACCGGGUGUGGCUUGAUUGGUGCUAAAUCAGAAGUGUGCUUACAGUCGAUCUCCUCGCACAGCUAUCAAGAAGAAAGUCAAACAACACAAACGUCUAUAUCAAAUUAUACAACUGAGUCAACAAUUAAUAAUCUCCGCACACCCGUCUCAGAGCCUAUAGGCUCACCACAGAACACUGGGAAAACGUUCAACCGCAGCAUGAUGUCUGGCGCGCGUUCGCAUCGUGACCUCACACAGUCAACGUAUACCGGCAAUAGUGGUACGUAUGAUGUCACACUUUCUCCGACGCGUCGGCGUAUGAGCGAAUGUAGCUUGAACUCAAUCGCGGGUUAUUCACAACGCACCAGCGCAAUGUACAGUAGCGUUUUGACUCUCUCAUCCAACAAUCCCGCCGCAAAUGAGCCCAAUUCUGUCAUGCGUGUGCCCAUCAUCGGUUAUGAAGUGAUGGAGGAGCGUGCGCGAUUUACAGUGUACAAGUUGCGUGUGGAGAAUCCAUUGACAAAUGAUUGUUGGCUUGUACUGCGCCGCUACACAGAUUUCGUACGUCUAAAUACAAAACUUAAACAGUUGUUUCCAAACAUUGUGCUCUUGUUGCCACGCAAGAAAAUAUUUGGCGAUAAUUUCAACGCUGUCUUCCUGGAUAACCGAGUACAAGGACUACAGAUAUUUGUUAAUUCCAUUAUGGCCAAGGAAGAGUUGAGAAAAUGUAAACUAGUGCGUGAGUUCUUUUGUUUGGACGAACCGCCUUCAUAUUCAGAAUCUAUGGAAGAGUGCAGGGCAAUUUUCGAAGCACAAGAGGAGACGAUAGCUCAUCUAAAGGUGCAAGUAAAUAGUAAAAAUGAAUUGAUAUUAAAUUUACAACAAAAACUACGUGAUGAAAUCGUGGAAAAAGAGCAGCUCAAACUAACACUUAAAAACACUUCCAAUACUUGUCCACAGUGCACUGCUACAAAUUCCAGUGCACCUUAAGGCAGAUAAAAUGUACACCUAGAAUUAUUAAUUAAUUAAAAUUAUUUUCUCAAUGAUGCUGAUAUUAUAGUUACAUGCGUUAUGCGGAGCAUAGCACAUUAAAGUAGGAAAUUCAGCCAGCGAGAAAAUAUUCUGUUCCAAAAAUUCCAAAAUAAAACUUUGGGCAAAGUUCGAAAUUUUUAAUGCUAAGUUAAAUGAUUUCAUUGUGAAAAUAAGACAAAGUGUGAAGAUGUAAAUUCUCAUUGAAACUGUGUUCUCGAACUGUAAGAUAUAUGUAAUAUUUUAAUUGUGUAAAUUGCUUUCCUUGUACUGUAAUUCGUAAAGUGCUUCAGUUUUAAAAAAAUGAUAUUAUAUGUACACGUAAAAUCCUUAAACGAUCUAUGUUAAAUCAAAGCAAAAACAUAAAUCGAAUUAGACAAAUGUAUGAAUAGUUAUUGAAAAUAUGUAUGUGAAAAUGUAUGUAUUUGAAAAUUUU